AGAAAUUAUUUCUCCUUGUUUUGCCAAUAUGGCGCCUCUUGUGUUUUGAGAUGACAACAUCGCAGUGUGUGUCCUAAUUUUUAUUAAAUUGUUCGUAAAUCAACAUAAAUUAUCUACCUCAUAAGUUCAAAGAAAACCUUUUAAAAUAAUGGAAUUGUGAACAAUAUUAGAAAAGUGUUUUCGUGCAAUUUCUAUGAAUGCGUCUGUGGGAAAAGUACUUAGCUCCCGUAAAAAUGGCGGGUGUGUUAUCUUUCAGGGUUGUGUUUUCGUUUCAUUUUGAAGAAGUCUAGAAAUUGUUCAAAGUAUUCUGAAGUGUAAAGUAAGGUUGUGCUCAGCGUGCCUAACGCAUUCCAUGUCGGCAUGUGCCGCUUGUUUAUUUGACAUUAGAAGAGGUGAUUGAUCUGGCAAAGACGGUGCAGGUGUCAUCGGUUUUGAUGAAAUUAUCACCAUGUCACGCUGGGGCAGAGGCCGAGCUGGCAGUGUGGCCGUGCCGCUGGAUAGUGCCCUGUUUAGAGAAAACAGUAAUUGCCCAUCUGCUGCCCGUUCAGCAGGGACUGUGGGCAAAUGGGGUAUCACAAGCUUUACUUCCAUCAGGAGCGCCCCUUACGCUUUUGCAAAUAAUGUUGUCAAGAAACCAAUCCAAGAUCAAAAUAGCCCGCUGACAGUGCCUGCAGUUGAAACAGAACAGGCACCACCUAAACCCAAAAAAUUUUUCAAGUCUCGCAAUGCUGAGCCUUACCCACCUGUACCACAGAUAACAUAUGCUCCACCAGUACCUGCAGCUCCCCUGUCCCCAGAACAUCCCUCAAAUAGCAGGGAAAAGAAACCUACAAAACGAAGUAGAGUUUACAACAGAGACUCAUCUUCACCAGAGUUGCCUAGGCGUAAUUCUGAAAAAUCCAGAUCAAAGAAAACUUUAGCCACAAAGGCCUCUAGAAAAGAAGAAGUGCCUGCACCAAAUACUCAACCACCUAACAAACGGUACUUGGUACGCAAUCGGGACAAAGUAAUAAAUUAUGCAGAAGAUGGUAGUAACAGCCCAAUACCAGAUUUCAGUCAUUUUGAACUGCCUCCUGUUAAAAUACCUUCUCCUAAAAUUGCAUCACCUCAAGUUGCAUCACCAAAAGCAAGCCCAGUUAUAUCAAGCCCUACACCUGCCUCAACUAAAACUAGCAUCCCAAGUCCUUCCACAAGUAAAGAUUCAAAUGAAGAAAGGAAACCACCUCCCAUUGUUCUCAGGAUAUCUAAGGGUACAUCAAGAAUUGUUAGUACUGACUCUAAUGAAGGAUUUACUUCACCUAGCUCAGAUAGGCAUUCCUCAUUAGAUACACACUCUGAUAUUGGUUCUGAUCACAAGAAGAGUCCUUCAGUGGAAACAAUCUGUUCUCCUAAACAUGAAGGUUUAAAAAUCACAAUAAAAUGUGCUGGGCUUAAUCAAGAAACCAAAAAAGAAAAGAAAAGUAAAAAGGAACACAAAUCUCAUAAACGUCACCACAAAAACUCUGAUGAUGAGCCUUUGAAAAAAGCAACUUCACCAGCUCCAGGAUCUGAUGCAUAUGAUCUUUAUAAGACUCUGGCGUCACCAGCUCAUGACAAAGAGAGAGAACCUGCACAACUGGAUGAUAUUGAAAGUCAAUUGGCUAAGUUGGAUUCUGCUGGUCCAGUUUCCAAAUCACCAAGGUUAGAAGUGCAGCCAAAAGAACUGCCACCAGAGCCAAAACCUCCUGAGAGCUCAACUGGAAGAUCUAGGAGAAAUAGGCCCAAUAUAAAUUACAGUGAAAAUGAUGAUUAUUUGGAUGCAAUUACAUCAAAUUAUUCCAAACAAGGAACAAAAACUGUGAGUGACAUCAAAAGGGAAGGUAGGAAAGUGAAGAAAAAGCUUGAAUCUAUUGAGACCACUGUUGUUACAUCACAAGAGGAGAAUGAAGGAAUUGAAAAAGAAGCUGAUAGUAAGAAGGAUGAAUUAAUAAAUAUAUUGUCUGGUGGUAGUGAUGGAAAAACAAAUGAUUCUACAAAAGUUAAAGGCAAGAAAAAACAUAAGUUUAGCAAGCAUUCAAGCCCUGAUUACAAUUCUGAUAUUCAAGAAAAUGAUCUUGAGGAAAAGGGAGAUGAAGCAAUUGAACCAGAAUUACCUCAAGAAGACCUUGAUACAGGAGAAAGUACUCCAACACUUACAAUGGAUGAGAAUCAAAUGUAUUCACAGCCAACACAAUCAUCUGAUUCUGCCUAUAAUAGUUGUCCCAAUGAGAACUCAGAGGAAGAUAGCCAAAAGGCCCAUAGUGAUGAUGUUUUCAAAUCUCCACAUGGUGUGUCUGAGCCAGAAGAACAAACAGAUGACAAGCCUAGCGUGAAGCUUGUUAUAACUAAGAAGAAAGGUUCAAUAUUCAAGAGUAAAUCACUGGUUAAUGAUAAUCCCUCUCCGCUACCAGCAAGAAAAAGAAGACAUUUGUAUCGACAUGAGUGGGAUAAAGGUAAUGAGACACCAAGGCCAGAACCAACAGAAAACUCAGAAGUUAAAAACCCAGUUGCUCCAGUGCCUGAGGAACUCACAAGAGUCACGAGGUAUAGAGCACCAGAUCCCAUUACCGACACUAUUGACUCUACGGAAACUGUUAAACCAUACACUAGUGUCAGAUGUGCAAAAGAAGCUAAGGAGUUUUAUACCGUGGUGAGAAAUGUGAAGAAGGCACAUCAAAUACAGGAAAUUGGAGAGUUCCAGGAGUUAAAUGAUGAUGUAGAAUAUAUUCUGGAUGCUUUACAGGACAACAACCCGAUGUCGAUCCGCUGCCUGUCCGCCAUCACGCUGGCCAGCAAGUGCACGGCGCCCGCGUUCCGCAUGCACCUGCGCGCGCACGGCAUCGUGCAGAAGUUCUUCAGGGCGCUGCAUGACGCUACUAAUGAUCAGAGCCUGGGUCUAUGCACUGCCACCGUCAUGUUCGUGCUGUCGCAAGAUCGUCUCAACAUGGAUGUGGACAGGGAUUCUCUUGAACUGAUGCUGAAUCUUCUAGAAUCUGAUGUUUCACACAAAAAUGCACUUGACGACUGCGGUCUAACUUCGGCACAAUUAGCUAAAACUCAGGAACGAGUCAGAGAGCUGUGUGCUGAGAUCAAGAGUCAGGGGAAAGCACAAGAAUUAGAUUUGGAAAACAUUACUGUGGGGCAUUUGGCAAUGGAAACGCUGCUGUCACUGACUUCGAAGCGUGCCGGGGAAUGGUUCAAGGAGGAGUUGCGAGUGCUGGGCGGCGUGGACCACAUCGUGCGCACCAUCCAGGACUGCGCGGCGCGGCUGCAGGCGCCCGCCGCCGCCUGGGCCGGCGCCGACGUCGACGUGCUCAGGAAGGCUGAUCGCUGCAUGCGCGUCUUGGAAAAUGUGACACAACAAAACGAAGACAACCAACUGUACCUGAUUAAUGAACAACUUGGUGCCACGAGAACAUUAUCAUCCUUCCUCCGGAAACUGAUCACUGAGGCCAGCACGGAGUCCAGAUUGCGAAACGCUUUGUUAGACGCUGCCUUACCUGCUAUCAAAGUUUUGGUCAACCUGUCACAUGCUUUCCAUAGUACUGUUUCUAAAGGGGCUCAAGUGAUCGGCACGCUACCCUAUGUUAUGGAGAUGUGCCUCAUAGUGUUGAACAAUCAAGGAAACUUCAUACCUGACGACAAAAACUUCGAAUUCAGUGUUUGUGCGCUGCAUCUUUUGAUCAAUCUAGCACAGAACAACGAAGUAAAUACUCAACAACUACUAAGCCUUAGAAUUCGCGUGGACAAUGAAGACGACAUUAUCUCUAGAAGCGUCUCCGCCUUGGAUCUCAUCGUGGACCUGUUUUACAAGCGAGAGGAACUCGCCAGACGGGCGGAAGAAAAUGCCGAUGCCUUGUUAGAAGGAGAAAAGGGUGACAAGGACAAGAAAAAGCAAUCUCAAGAUGAACUCGAAGAGACUGUUGCGAAACUGCUGGCGCGCGCGGGCACGCACAUGGAGCACACGAUGACGGGCGCGUACACGGCGCUGCUGGUGGGCGCGGCCAGCGGCGCGGGCGCGGCGCCGCGGGCCGCCGUGCGCGCGCGCGUGCCCAGCUUCGCGCACAUGCUACCCACGCUCCGGAAGUACUACAACUUCCUCGCGCUCACCGCCAGCGGCGAAGCGACCAUCAUGCAGCACGUGAAAGCGACAAAGAAAAUCAUCGACUACAUGGAGGAAAGCGAUAAAGAGGCUGAACAAGGCCCGUCUCAGCCCCCCGCGCCGUACAGCACCAGCUCCUACCCCGGACACUACUACCAGACCUCCCCGUCAGACGUCCCUCAGGACAUGUCCCUGAGUAACCUCAACUACAGCAUGAACUACAGCUCUUCGUCUUCAGAUAGAAUGUCCUCGUCUAUGGAAGUGGACGGAUACCACUGAAACUCAAAUGCUUUCUGACCGUUUGGUUGGGACGUUUCUUUUUAGUAUCUGAUCAUCAUGUGUUAUUGGCAUUAUCAGAAGGGAUUGUCAAUGCCUUGUUAUUGAAAGGAAUAUAUCAAAAGAAAAAAAUAAGUUAAUGAUAUUUGCUUAACAUUAGCGUGCAUAGGCAUUUUUGUUGUAAUGGUUGUAUUACAGACUUAUUUCAAUAAAACCGUUUUUCGAAAUUUCCUGACCAUUUUUCAAUAAUAUUAGUUGCUAUCAUACUUACCACAUAUAUAAAAAAGUAUUGUACAAAUUAAAAAAAAUAAUCUUUGUAAAGCAACCAAUGAGACGACUAUGCAGCAAGCUUGCAAAGCAGAGCAAGAUUAUUCUUUCAAAGAUCUGUGUUGAAUUAUGUGGGUACUGUGACGUCUCAGUCAAAUGGUCGCUAUGAACACGCAUUAAUAUAAGUGUAUUUAUUAAAUUAUGUUCAGAGUUCAGGAGAGGUUGGGUUGAUCAUAUCAAACAAGUAUGUAUUGGUAAUGUGGACGUGUUGUCAAGUAAUAUAGGAAAUGUUUAGUGACCUCCCGACUCGCUGUAUUAGGCUUUUGUAGGAAAAUUUGAGAUUUCGUUUAUUAUUGGCUGCUAAUUACGUUCUGUCAAACUGAAAGCAAUGUGUUGAUUCUUUGUGAUAAGAAUUGUAAAUAUGAAAGCGAAAACUUCAAAUCCUUGUACAAUAAUAUCCUGUUUAGUAAUAAUAUUUUACAUGCCAUUUGUAAUGAUAACGGUGGACAUUAAUUUGCACUCAGCUGUAUUAGACACCUCUUUGUAUCAAUAUCUCUUCCUUCCCGAAAAAUAUUUUUGUAAAUAUAACACAGACUGUUAAGGCAUAGUUAGUUAUGUUGAUCAUGGAUAUGGGUUAUGAAUUCUUAAUUAAAUUGAGAUAUUCCGAGUUUAAGCCACUGAACUGGCAAUAUAAAAGUGCAAAAAUAGUUGUGUAAGUGUAUAAUAGAUAUGUAUUCUUUUAUGUGAAUAUUGUGUCUGCACUUUUUGUAUUAUAGGGCUCCGAGAGGGUUAAAAUUAUUAGAGUAUUGUUCUAAUGAGGCACAAUCCUUUAUUGUAAAUAAAUUAGCUAGUAACAAUAGGUUCGGGCUCUAUUGAGAGUUGAGAAUUUCUUUUAUUGGAUCGUACGAGAUUGUACCGCGCGUGUGUUGGUUAAAACAUUUAGUAUAUUCGCGUGCAUUCUUGUUCAAUGUUCUGACGUCAGCUCGAGAUAGCCUAAUGUCAGAUAGUUCGUACGGUUUGCUGUGAAAUAUACAAGAGUAUGCCGACGCGCAGUAAAAUGUACAAAACUAACGUCGUUAGUUGCUCGCAAGCGAGAGAUAUAUGCUUAGUUAUACAAUAAAUAGGACAAUCUAUGAUGUUGGAAUUUUAACCAAUAGGUAUAGGACUAGAUGGCGAAUGGUGGAUAGUUGUUUCAUUGUCACGUGUCUUAUUUACUAUAGAUUUUUGUUCGCGACCCGACUGAUUGUCCGAUAAGAUAUUUCGAAUUUUAUUUUUUCUUAUGUUAAGAUUAUUUUUUUAAAGGAAUUUAACGCUAAGGCACUUCACCUACUUAAUCUUGACAUUGCGCACUUUUAGACGAAGUUUUGAAAAAUCCGUGAAUAUAAUGAAUUUGAUUUACUUUUUUAAUUUGGCUAUGCAGUAGCUAAUGUAAUAUUUGUAUUAACGCUCUCGGAUAAAGUACCUUGUUUUUUAACUUGUUAACAUAUUUCAGUAUUGAAACUAUGUUUGGAUAUGUAAUAUAUGUUAUUCAAAAUAAUAUACAAAACAGCCUUACAUAUAGGUGCAAGAUAAACCAAAGAAAUAACUAACACCAAGAAAAAUGUGUUAAUUUUUUACAUACAUACAUACAUAUAAUCACGUCUAUAUCCCUUGCGGGGUAGACAGAGCCAACAGUCCUGAGCGGACUGAUAGGCCACGUUCAGCUAUUUGGCUUUAAGAUAGAAUUGAGAUUCGAAUAGUGACAAGUUGCUAGCCUAUCGCCUAAAAAAGAAUCUCAAGUUUGUAAGCCUAUCCCUUA